AUGCACCUCAAGUUCCUAAAGAAUGUGCACUUUUCCAAAAAGCACAACAAGAAGUGCCUAAAGAAGAUGCAGACCAACAACACCAAGGCCAUCAGUGUAUGUGCUGGGGCUGUCAAGGUACCCGUAAAGCCCAAGGAGGUCAUGCUCAAGAUCCCAAAAGGCAGCAGCCACAAGCUCAGUCAACUUGCCUACAUCAUUCACCAAAAGCUUGGGCAAUGUACUGGUACCUGCAGUGCCAAGAGCCUUGGGCUCUGCCAAACAAAGGCCAAGGCCAAGGUUCAAACCAAGCCCCAGGCUCCAGCACCAGCUAUGGCUCAGGCUCUCAAAGGUGGCCAGACCCCCCACAAAGGCUCCACAGUAGAGGCCUGUCUGCCAACCUGA